AUGACUUCAGUAGUGGAUCAUCUGCACGGAGCACUCAGUUCAACGUCUCAAGAUAUCAAAAUAAUUAAAAAAGUUUUGAAUGGUUAUGUCGGUUUUGCCAACUUACCUAAACAAUGGCACAGAAGAUCUCUUAGGAGAGGUUUCACCUUAAACAUUAUGGCUGUCGGUGAAGCUGGAUUGGGUAAGGCAACUUUGAUCAAUACUUUAUUCAAUCGUGAUGUUAUGGGAAAGAGUGGUAAGUUGAGUGAAUUCGAAGAUGAUCAAGAUGAAGAUUUUGCCGAUGCUGAAACUGAACCACUGGAAAAGGAAGGGGAAGCAGGAGUUAGAAUCAAGAAUACAAAGGCAGAAAUUGAAGAAGAUGGUGUCAAGUUGAAAGUCAGUGUUAUCACUGCACCAGGAUUUGGUGAAGCAUUGAACAAUAUUGAUUCUUGGAAACCAAUUGUUGAUGAGAUCAAUAGCAGAUUUGAUUCGUAUUUGGAGGCAGAGUCACGUAUCAAUAGAUCAACAAUUGUUGAUAACAGAGUACAUGCAUUUUUGUACUUUAUUGAACCAACGGGUCAUUCAUUGAGAAGUUUGGAUAUUGCGUUGAUGAAACAAGUUCAUGAAAAAGUCAAUUUGAUUCCGAUAAUUUCCAAAUCUGAUACAUUAACUGAUGAAGAAGUUGGUGAAUUUAAACGUGCAAUCUUGGCCGAUAUCGACUAUCAUGGCAUUAAAAUCUUCACGCCCAGUGUAUCGGAGAAUGAUGAUGAGGAAGUUAUUGCCAACACUACCGAAUUGAUCCAUACUUUCCCCUUUGCAGUUAUUGGAUCUACAAAUGAAGUUCAAACUAAUGACGGUAGAUUAGUCAGAGGAAGAAGAUACCCAUGGGGUAUUAUUGAAGUUGAUAAUGAAAGCCAUAAUGAUUUUGUUAAAUUGCGUCAAUUGUUGGUGAGAAAUUUCUUGGAAGAAUUGAAAGAAACCACGGCAAAUGUAUUGUAUGAACAUUAUCGUACUGAAAAAUUGAGGAAAAUGGGUAUUGAACAAGAUAAUUCAGUUUUUAAGGAAUUUGACCCAGCAACUAAACAAGAAGAGGAAAGGGCUCUACACGAGGCUAAAUUAGCUAAAAUGGAACAAGAAAUGAAGGCCGUGUUUCAACAAAAGGUUAGUGAAAAGGAAAAGAAGUUGCAAAGAUCCGAAGCUGAUUUAUUUGCUAGACAUAAGGAAAUGAAGGAUAAAUUGACUAAACAAAUCAAGUUAUUGGAAGAUAAAAAGGUACAAUUGGAGAAACAAAAGUUGUUGCCACAAGAACCAUCACCACAACCUGCACCUCAAAAGAGUCGUAAAGGUUUCUUACGUUAA